UCUUCACAUAACUUUCAGUUUAUGAGAGAAACUGUUAAAUCUUUCAACAUGCGUUUGACGUUGUUCGUUAUAGGCCUAUUGUUAGUGAUUAUUUGUAUUGUGGUGGCUGAUGCCAAUCGUCGGAGACGGGGUCAAGGAACAGGAGGAGGACGUAAACGAAGAGGGUGGGGAGGAGGCGGCGGAAGUCGACGAGGAUUGGGAGGACGCGGAUGGGGACGAGGAAGGAGAGGAUCGAGAAGAAACCAUUCACCAUCCCGACGAUAUUUUCAGCCAGUUGAUGGUAAUUGGGCAUCGUGGUCUAACUAUGAUGAAUGUUCUUCAACUUGCGGUGUUGGCACACAAAAACGAUAUCGAUUUUGCAAUAACCCUGCCUCGGAGAAUCAUGGACGUCGCUGCAUUGGCAGAAACCAAGAAAAGCGGUACUGUAAUCGAUGUCCUUGUCCAGACCCCUGUGAAUCUGUUAAAUGUCUAAAUGGAGGUAUAUGUGUAAGAGGCAUAUGUGAAUGCACCUCUGAAUAUUCUGGACCAGAUUGUGGUGUUGAUUCUUGUAACAACAGAUGUUUGAACAAUGCAACAUGUAACAAUGGUAUAUGUGAUUGCCCUCAAAUGUUUAGUGGAGAAGAUUGUGGAACUAAGCUAGCACCAGUCGAUCUGUGUGACAAUGUCACCUGUUUAAAUGACGUCCAGAUAUGUGUAGCAGGUAUUUGUAAAUGUAGGCCUGGUUACGAUAGGGAUGAUUGUAGUAUAAAUCUAUGUAAAUUACCCUCUGUAAGUUUUACACGUUGUGUACCACUUCUUGCACCUAGUGGAUACACCUGUAGUUGUGUUUUAAGAACUGAGGUUUAUUUCCAAAAUGAUAUUGAUUAUAGCCUGUACAAAGACGUUUCAGUCGUUACACCUAUAAAGCAGUAUGACAGUAAUCAGAAUGUUAUAACCAAUAUACCUGGAGUUACUGGUAAAAACCUCACCAUUUCAUUUAUUGAUGACUUUCUUCUUUCUACUUGUUCCCUCGAUUACCUAGUGAUUGGAGGUACACGAUAUUGUGGCUUCUCUGCUCCAGCAGACAUCAUGCUUUCAACUGGUAAUGGCACCCAAGUACGCUUUGUAACUGAUCGUACAAUUGGAUUUAUAGGUUUCACAUUGACCUAUCAAUAUAUAGACGCUGUACCAGAUUCUAAUCCUUGUAAAAAUGGAGGAACGCCCACUACACAACAAACCUGUAAUUGUAUGGAAGGGUUUGGGGGAAAUAAUUGUGAAUUUCCAGCAAUAUUAACAUCAGGUGGUAAAUACAAUAGGAUACAGAACACAACGUUCACUCUACCCGCUUCUCCAGGGAAAGAUCUUGUCCUUACGUUUGGCGAUGAUUUUAGUAUUGAAACUACGGGUGGUAAUUGUAAUGAUAUUCUAAGAACAGAUUGUAUGGAAGAUUAUGUGGAGAUAGAGGGAAAAAGGUAUUGUGGAGGUGUGGCACCGGAACCUAUUACCAUACCUACAGGUAACGGAACUACAAUACGUUUUGUGAGUAACAAUGACCAGGAAGUGUGCCAGGCAGGUUUUACACUCACCCAUGUCUAUAUAGGUAAGCCAGACCCGUAGUCUGAAUGCUGCUAAAUGUGAAACAUGGAAUUAUUGUUUGAGAUUUAACUCUGCUGGAAAUUAUUUGAUGAAAGGAUGUCACCAGAACAACUGUUUACCCAGAAAGAUACAAUUCCUAGUUUUAAAGAAGCCUAACAAUUGGUAUAUGAUAUUAAUAAAACAAACCAAUAAAUAUUGUAUAUACCACUUUGUC